AUGAUGUCUAUUUUUGGCUGGGGAUGGCAGACUCAACAAAUGGAAGACAAGGUGAUUAAUAUGGUUGAGAUCAAGUCGUCAAGAAAUUUGUUACAAUUUUGUGCCUUAGCAUUUUGUAUUACAUGAACUUCAUUUCUAUCUCUGUUUGCAAUUGUAUUUACCAAGUGAAAAAUAGAACAAAUAACUAUUCAGAUUGUAAGUACAUAAAUUUAUGUUAAAUAAGACAUGUAAAACUGUACAUGUAUGGCUGCCAUUUUUAGUUAAAGAGAGGUGAUCGAAAGAGGGGUUUUUGUGUCUUAUCUAGGGUACAACAUAUAAUCUUUUGUUGAGGAAUUUUUCUAAUCUCACCUGCGAGGCAAUCCACAAGAACUGGAUUCAGAGGUGCUGUUGAGGGGACAACAACAAACACCUCACAAUUCUUAUUGUGGUCCCCAAAUUUUUGUUUCAUUGCAAAGAAAUACAAAAUCGUCCAUAUCAAAGGUACAUGUAUCAUGUAGUGAUAAACUUCCAAAUUAUCUAUAAACUAAUAAUGGUCAUUGCCUAACUAUCAGUGCAUAUUAAGUAGUCGAGUCUAUGGUCAAUUAAGCGUUUGAUCACGUUGAAGAACUCCGUUAUUAUUUCUUUUUUUCAUUUAUAUAAAAUCAAUUUUUUUAGUGCAUAGAAACUGUAGACAAAAGCGAUGGAUUGUCUUACUGAUCAAAAGCUUGCACCUUCAAAAAAUAUACAUUAUAAAGAAUAUAGGUAAAUUGGAAACUAGUCAAAGGGCAACCAGGUGACGUGGCAUCUUGAUUAAUGUAAUAAAUCACUACAUGUAUAUAAAUUAAUUGACAUUUUGAACUGUUUUCUUCACAGACCAUGACUAGCUUAUAAUAUUUUCUGCAACUAAACAGCAUAGUUUACACGUCAUUUUAAUUUCCUCCAAAACAACUUAUUACAUAAACAUCAGGAAAUGUAAUUUCACGACCACAGUGAAUUAACAAGAGAAUCCAGUAAAGAAAGGAUGAUAAGGAUUGUAAGUCAGUUUCCUUUAUGCAAUUACAGGGCAGUCCCUUGAAGAUAUCAGAGGAAUGACAGAAGCAACAGAGAGGGGAGAGGCAGCCCUGGUCUCAUUAAGAUCUGACCGGUUUGUUGAUGAUCAUUGUUAGUGUCGUUAUUAUUGUUAUUGUUCUAAUUAUCUGUGACAGUGUCAAAAGCUCAAGUUUACAAACAUACAUGUACAUCUAGUAAGAAGAUGUAAUGGUUGGUACAGCUAUAGUCACUGGAGAAGUUUGAUUCCAUUUACAACCCAGAGUUAA